AUGGCAGGAAUAGAAAUCUCAUUGCAGGGCUUUUUCUUCCAGCAGGAUGAUCAAGUCAUGAACGUUACCACCGCCAUGUCCUCCAUCGGCAAAAACCCUUCCACUUCCUCAAUGACGUCCGGCAACGACAGAGAGCCGCUCCCCAUCCUCCACAGCUCAUCCGACUCUUUAUGGGACAAGAAAGCGGAAGACUUCACCAAAGAACUGACCUGCACCCUGUGCCUGGAACUAUUCAGAGACCCCAUGAUCCUGCCCUGCGGCCACAACUUCUGCAAACAGUGCAUUGAGAACAUGCGGCUGAAGAAAGGAGCCUUCAUCUGCCCGGAGUGCCAAACGAGGUUUUCGGACCAAAAGUACGUCGAGAACAUUGUGCUGCAGAAGAUGGUGGAGAAGCUCAAGGGCUCUCACGUGGGGAGCGCCCAGCAGAAGUGCAUGGAGCACAACGAAACUGUGACGCUCUACUGGAAGCCGCAAGGGAAACUCGCCUGCUUCAGCUGCAGAGAAGCUCAGAAGCCCAAAGACCAAAGCACCCAGUUCCUCCUAAUUCCGGACGCUGUGCAGAUCUAUACGGAAAAACUGAUCUCCCUGAGAAUUCACCUGAGGUCUAUCCUAGUGAAGCUAGAGGUGUUGAAGAACGCUCAGGAAGAGAAGAUUUCGAGUCAUAAAGAGGACAAAUUGCAACUUCAAUACCACAUCUCCUUGGAAUUCCUAAAACUGCACCAGUUUCUUCACGGCAAGGAGAAAAUGUUAAUCAAACAGUUAAAGGAAGAGGGUGAAAUCCUCCUCCAGGAGAUGGAGGGGAAUUUAAACCGGCUCCAAGAUCAAUCGCAGAAUGCGAAGGAUAUCCUGGGGCACAUUCAGUCCCGGCUGUACCAGCAGAAUUCUGCUAGCUUCCUAAAAGAUAUACAAAUCUUCAUGGAUCGGGUGGAGAAGAAAACAGAAGACUCGUCUAUGGGAGAGCUGGUCUCGGGAUCUUUGAGCACAGGGCAUUUCAAAGGGCCAAUACAAUACAUGGUGUGGAAGGAAAUGAAGUCCACGCUCAGCCCAGAUAUUUCCUUCCUGACUCUGGACCCCGCAACGGCACAUCCGAACCUGGUUCUUUCUGACGAUCUGACCUGCGUAAGACACGACGACACAAAGCUAUCGCUGCCAGACACCCCCGCGAGAUUCGACUGCAGCGUUUCCAUCCUGGGAUCCGAAGGGUUUACUUCCGGGAAGCACUACUGGGAAGUGAUGGUGGGCAACAAGACCAAGUGGACCCUAGGAGUCGUGAAGGAGAGCAUUAACCGUAAAGGCAACUAUCCGCUGUCCCCCAAGGCGGGCCACUGGCUUAUAAAGCUAAGGAGCAAGAAAGAGUUAAAGGCUGUAGAUAUGCCUCCCCGCCAGCUCUCCCUGUCCAGUACGCUCCAUCGAGUCGGGGUGUACCUGGACUACGAGGCGGGCCAGGUGUCCUUUUAUGAUGCGGACAGACUGACUCAUGUCUACACUUUCAUGGACACUUUCGAAGAGAAGCUUUACCCCUACUUCUGCCCGUGUCUGAACGACUCUGGGGAAAACAGGGAACCACUGAAAAUUGUGACUUUUGGCGUGUAG